AUGAUAGCACCUCCAAACACAAGCAAUUUGGGAAUCAGUGAACUAACUGCACAGUUGGCAGCUCUUGCUCAGCAAUCAGGUUUGGCUUUGACUCCUGCAGCAGCAGCAGCUACUGCAAGUUUUAUGGCCCUAACAUCUCAAAAUAGUGGUCCAGGUGCUCAGUCGAUGUCAGCGUCUCCUAACUUGUCAGCCAUUCUUGCAGCCCUUCAAGUACUCAUUACCUUACUUGAAUUUUCCACAAGCAGCAAAAGCAAAAAGAGUUCUAAAGAUGCGGGUACACAAAGAAAUUAUGUCACCUCAUACAGUACGAACACGAAAGAUUCACAUAGCAAGCAUAGUAAACAUCGCAAAAAUGAAGGUGCAAUGACAAGUGCAGACCGCUACCUGAUGAGUUCAAGCAUCAUAGCCUCAGUUUUCCUAUAUCGCCAACUGAUGAUUUUCACAUGA